AUUCACACCAGCUAAACUUGGUUGAUAAAACUUGAUUUAACCUAAACUUGAUUUACUAAACUAGGGUUAGAUUCUUUUUCGUUCACACCAACUAAACAAGGUUAUUUUGCUGUGCCUCGCUGUUAUGAAACAAUAACAUAACAACUCCACCCCCCAUAGGCAAAAAUUGUCAGUCAAAAUUUGUAAACAUGGCGGACGACCAACUUUUGUUUUUCUUUCUUGCUGCCCAAAACUCUGCUCGGGAAAGAGCUAUUAGCCGGAAAAAGUUAUUGAAAAAACAACGAAAAGCACGUUAUCAUUGUUGUGUAAAACGAAAACGUGAAGUUUUCUUCUUCAUUCUCACUGUUUUGAGUUUUUUUGAGCGUAUACCGCUUCGUGAUGUAUGGUCGCGUUAGAGAAGUUUGCCAAGCCAUCGUCGAUGUUCUUCUUCUGCGAUACAUACAACUUCCAAAUAGCAGACAGCAGAUACAAGAAGAGAUAGAUGGUUUUAAGGAAUGCGCUGGAUUCCCACAAGUGGUUGGAUCUGUUGAUGGGUGCCACAUUCCCAUCCUCAAGCCAAAUGAUAGCCCUGAGGAUUAUAUCAACAGGAAAAAAUUCCAUUCAAUUAUUCUGCAAGCAUUGGUAGACAGCAAUUAUUUGUUUCGAGAUAUUUGUGUUGGUUGGCCUGGUAAGGUACAUGACUCAAGGGUGUUCAAAAAUUCCUCAUUGUUUACUUCGUGCUGCAACAGGUCCUUUCUCCCUCAAGGCCUUGCUAAAGUUAUCUCAGGACAAGCCGUACCACCAUUAAUCAUAGGAGACUCUGCAUAUGGUUUGCAAGAUUGGUUGAUGAGGCCCUUUAAAGAUCAUGGGCAUCUCACCAGGGAGGAGACAAAAUUUAACCAUGUCCUCAGUGUAACAAGAAUGGUAGUAGAAAAUGCUUUUGGAAGGUUGAAGGGAAGGUUCAGGUGCCUUGGCAAGAGGUUGGACCUUUGUCUGGAGAACUGCGUUCUUGUUACAAGUGCUUGUUGCAUUCUGCACAACUUUUGUGAGUUGAGAAAUGAAGAGUUUGAUCCACUGUGGCUGAACGGUGUCAACAUUCACAACUUUCACCCAGGAAAUGCUGUUCAUAGGCAGGACAGGAAUGCACAUUCUGACCAAGCAUAUAUUCAAGUUAUCAAUCAAGUUAUCAGUUAUCAAGCAGAAUCGUCGACAAUGGCAUACGCCCCAACUCGAGAUGAUAUUGUAGACAUGUCCUUUAUGGAAGAGGAGAUCGAAGAASACACGAGAAGAGCACGGGAAGAGAGGGAGAAAGAGCAGAGGCGUUGGGAAGUAGAAGAAUAA